CUUGGUAUCUUUCCUAUUCCAACUCAUCACUUCACAGCCACCCAGGCUAUUUAAACUAUCUUGGUCUCUCCUCCAAUAACUUGUUAUCUCUCACCUCACAUCGCUCUUCGACCCUCUUACCACCUUUCACUUAUCUCCUAGAGAUUGCUUUGUGUUUCAAAAAUGGCUGCCUCUGGGAAUCUUCUUACAUUCGUCAGUGCCGACAACGUGCACAUCGAGGUUGAGCGCGAUGUCGCCGAGCGCUCUCUUCUUAUCAAGAACAUGUUGGAGGAUCUUGGUGAAGCCACCGAGGACAUCCCCAUCCCGAAUGUCAACGAACCGGUCCUGAGGAAGGUCAUUGAAUGGUGCAGACACCACAAGAACGACCCCCCCGCUUCCACCGAGGAUGAAGACUCCCGCCGCAAGACCACUGACAUUGAUGAGUGGGAUCAGAAGUUCACGCAGGUCGACCAGGAGAUGCUGUUUGAGAUCAUUCUGGCUGCGAACUACCUCGAUAUCAAGGGUCUUUUGGAUGUCGGAUGCAAGACCGUGGCGAACAUGAUCAAGGGCAAGUCUCCCGAGGAGAUUCGCAAGACUUUCAACAUCCAAAACGAUUUCACCCCCGAAGAAGAAGACCAGAUCCGUCGUGAGAACGAGUGGGCUGAGGACCGCUAAAUCCUCAUUGUGCUCACUCUCCCGGGCGCUUUCUUCUGAAAAGCAAGCCGCGGAAGAUGGGCAUAUAUCCCGAGCCUUUGGCCUGGGCUUCAUCUGGUCCCAAGUUGCUUGCAGUUCACGGCGUUAUGAUAUAUUUCCCUCAUGUCAGCGGGUUUUCUUUUUCAGUGUCUCUCUUUCCCCCUUGGUUCCGUGCCCUUGUGCGCUAUGACCAGGGGUAGAUGUAGCUCAUUACAGGGUUAGGCAACUGCUGUUUCUUUUCGCUCUUAUUAAUCCAAUGGAUGUCACCUCGUGAACAUCAUUAUGUCGAUAGAAAAAUCUCAAAACCGGGUGUUCGUCUCCUGUUUGCUACUUAAA